GCCGAGAACGCCAUGACGGCGGCUCACCUUCAGGGGCCGCGGGGGCUGCCGGGAAACCGCGGCCUGCGACUGGGGGCGGGGAGACGCGGCUGGAAGAGAGGGCGGCCGACAGCUACUUCCGCUUCCGCCGAGGGGGAGGAGUUGCGUCUUGCUGUCAUGAGUCGCUUUAAGUUCAUCGAUAUUGGUAUCAACUUGACAGAUCCUAUGUUCAGAGGAAUUUAUAGGGGGGUUCAAAAGCAUCAAGAUGACUUACAGGAUGUAAUAGAGAGAGCUGUGCAGAUUGGUGUUAAAAAGUUUAUGAUUACAGGUGGAAAUCUCCAAGACAGUAAAGAUGCACUGCAUUUGGCACAAACAAAUGAGAUGUUUUUCAGUACAGUUGGAUGUCAUCCUACCAGAUGUGAUGAAUUUGAAAAGAAUAACCCUGAUCUUUACUUAAUGGAGUUGCUAAAUCUUGCUGAAAACAAUAAGGGAAAAGUUGUAGCAAUAGGGGAGUGUGGACUUGAUUUUGACCGACUGCAGUUUUGUCCCAAAGAUAUUCAGCUCAAAUAUUUUGAAAAACAGUUCGAACUGUCAGAACAAACAAAAUUACCUAUGUUUCUUCAUUGUCGAAACUCACAUGCUGAAUUUUUGGACAUAAUGAAAAGAAAUAGAGAUCGGUGUGUUGGUGGCGUG